GGUUAUGUUACUAGCGGUAUCUUGCGGUUACCCCCCACUCUUCCGCGGGAAGAAUGAUUUGAAUAACCAGUAUGAAUCGCAAAAAUAGAGCGGUUAGAAAAAUUGGUUAUUCCUUCCCGUCAGAAAAAAAAAAUCUAACGUCAAAAAAAACUUCUACCGUCAGUUUCGACUAUUUUCUCCCUUAUUUUUGAAAUGGAAUCGCAAAUAGUUUGCUUCAUCGCAGAUGAUAUGUUCGAUAAUACAAUCGAAUAUAUUCUACAAUUAUUAAACCGUAGAUUGAGUACACAUUACGUCUCAUUCAGGAUGAGAGAGGAAUAUUACAGGCCAUCCAUUCCUGAUGAACACUGGGUACAAGUAAUGCAUGAUAUUACAUUUUUCCAACUAUUUCGCCUGAAAAAGGAAACUUUCUCAAAACUAUUGGAUAUGGUGGUUGUUAACGAUCAAUUUUGUUUAAUAAAAAAAAGGUAUAUUGGUGGCAGACAUCCAGUUCCCCCAGAGAAAGCAUUGCUUGUUUUCCUCUGGUACAUAGCACAUCCGGAUUCGUUACAUUCAAUUUCGUACAGAUUCGACCUGGUACCUUCCACUGUUAUGAACAUAGUAAAUUCUUGUCUUUAUAUCCUGGUACACAUGAAAAAUAAAAUCAUAUGUUGGCCCAAGACAAGUGAAGAAUUUGAACAUUUAGAAAAUGGGUUCACUACAUAUCCAGGAGUGAUUGGUGCCAUUGAUGGAUCACACAUAAAUAUCAAAGUCCCUAGUAGUCAACAUGAUAGCUACGUGGAUAGAUAUAUGCAACAUUCGAUAAAUCUUAUGGCAAUUUGUUCAGCAUCACAUAUACUGACAUAUGUGUUUGUGGGUUUCCCUGGGUCAGCUCAUGAUUCAAGGGUGUUUUUAAAUUCUCAGUUCUUUCGAAAUAUAGAAUCCUACGGACCUUCUAUAUAUUUUCCCGCCGACAAACAUUUAUUAGGAGACAGUGCAUUUCCUAUAAAACCUUGGCUCAUGACUCCUUACAAGCAAAAUAAUAAUUUGACAAGAGAACAGAAGUAUCAUAAUCAGUGUUUGAGUUCAUCAAGAGUUGUUAUUGAAAAUACAUUUGGUAUUUUAAAGGGAAGAUUCAGAAAAUUACAAUUUAUAAAUACAUACUGUGUAGCAAAAGCAAUUGAAAUUGUAACAGCUGCCUGUGUUAUUCACAAUUUUUGCUAUCUCAACAAUGAUGAAUGGGAAGAAGAUAUAUGUGUACUUGAAGAACGUAAUUUCGAUCAAGAAAAUCAACAUAAUAAUGACAGGGAAUUAGGAAAGCUGAAAAGGGAUAGGAUAGCACAUGAAUUGUAUCACAAUAAUCAAAUAAACUAG